AUGUUCACCUUCUUCUGCUUCAUUUUGUUUACCAUUAUUUACUCGUUGGUGAAGACGGAACCACCGACCUCGAUGCACCUUGUAGAAGGUUACAAUGGAAAUGUGCAAAAAAAUGAGGAUGAGCAUUCCGUUUUCGAAGACACAAUGACGGAGAGCUCGCUCAAUCGCAUGAAUGACUUAAAGAUUGAACAGCUGAACAAACUGUUGUACGAUACGUCCCUUUACUUUGAGUAG